GCCGGGCCGGGCCGGGACGCGCCGGGCGGCGGCGGAGCCGGAGCCGGGAUCGGGAUGGAGCGGGCGGCAGGGCCCGGAACCGGCACCGGUUCUGCUCUGGCCGCCUCGCUGGCCGAGGGGCUGAUCAAAUCGCCGCGGCCGCUGAUGAAGAAGCAGGCGGUGAAGCGACACCACCACAAGCACAACCUCAAGCACCGCUACGAGUUCCUGGAAACGCUGGGCAAAGGCACCUACGGGAAGGUGAAGAAAGCCCGGGAGCGCUCCGGGAAGCUGGUGGCCAUCAAAUCCAUCCGCAAGGACAAAAUCAAGGAUGAGCAGGACCUUGUUCACAUCCGGAGGGAGAUUGAGAUCAUGUCCUCCCUCAACCACCCGCACAUCAUCGCUGUGCACGAAGUGUUCGAGAACAGCGCCAAGAUCGUCAUCGUGAUGGAAUACGCCAGCAAGGGCGACCUGUACGAGUACAUCAGCGAGCGGCAGCGGCUCUCGGAGCAGGAGGCGCGACACUUCUUCCGCCAGGUCGUGUCCGCCGUCUACUACUGCCACAAGAACGGGAUCGUCCACCGGGACCUGAAGCUGGAGAACAUCCUGCUGGAUGCCAAUGGGAACAUCAAGAUUGCAGAUUUCGGGCUGUCCAACGUUUUCCAGCAGGACAAGCUCCUGCAGACCUACUGUGGCAGCCCCCUGUACGCAUCCCCCGAGAUCAUCAACGGGCGGCCCUACAAGGGCCCCGAGGUGGACAGCUGGUCCCUGGGUGUCCUCCUCUACAUCCUGGUCCACGGCACGAUGCCCUUCGACGGCCACGACUACAAGACUCUGGUCAAGCAGAUCACGAGCGGGGACUACCGGGAGCCCACGAAGCUCUCAGACGCCUGCGGGCUGAUCCGCUGGAUGCUGAUGGUGAACCCCGAGCGCCGGGCCACCAUCGAGGACAUCGCCACGCACUGGUGGGUCAACUGGGGCUACAAAAUGCCGCUGGGCGAGCAGGAGCUGCUGCGGGAGAGCGAAUCGCCGCUGGCCACGGUGGCCGAGUGGCUGCGCCGCUCCUCCCGGCCCCUGCUGGAGAACGGCUCCAAGGUGCGCUGCUUCCUGAAGCAGCACAUCCCCGGCGUGGCCCUGGAGCGGCAGCGCUCCCUCAAGAAGUCCAAGAAGGAGAACGACGUCUCGCAGGCGCUGCAGGAGGUGCCCGCGGGCCCCGAGAACCCCUCCAAGUCCAUCCUCAAGCGGCCCAAGGGCAUCCUGAAGAAGAGGAGCUCCUGCGAGCAGAAGGUGCCCAGCCCCUGCCCGCCGCCGGGGGAGGAUGAGGAAGGGGUCCCCGCGGGCUUCUCCAGGAUCCUGCCCUCGGAAACAGCGGGAGCGGCGCCCGCGGCCGUGCCCAAGAAGGGAAUCCUGAAGAAGCCCUCGGCCAGGGAAUCGGGGUAUUACUCGUCCCUGGAAUGCUCCGAGUCCGGGGACGUGCUGGACGCGGGGAGCUUGGACCUGGACGGGAGCGUGUUCGCCGAGCCGCCCUCCCCUCCCCGCAGGAAAGGAAUCCUCAAACACAACGGCAAAUUCUCCUCGGGGAGUGCCGAGCCGGGGACCCCCCUCGGGAGGGGCUUCGGGGGGUUCAGCGAGGUGUCGCUGCCCCAGGGCCCCCGCGGGCGGCCGGCCAGCGCCGUCAGCGAGGACAGCAUCCUGUCCACAGAGUCCUUCGAGCAGCUGGACCUGCCCGCCCGCGGGCCCCCCGGCACCGGGGCCAUGCGGGGCUGCGUGUCCGCCGAGAGCCUCCUGCGGCUGGAGGAGGAGGAGGAGCGGGAGGAAGGGCGGCGGGUGCGCCGCUGGACCGUCACCCACUGCCGCAGCCCCUUGGCGGAGAGCAGCGCGUCCCUGGCGGGCGGUGACGGCGGCACCGAGCUCUACCGGAGCGCUCUGGCCCUGGGGGUGAAGCUGAGCUGAGCCCACCUCCCCUCCCCCGGGCUGCUGCGUUUUGGGGAGGGGGCUGAGCCUCCCUCCACCCCUCCCUCCCUCCCCCGGGGCUGCCGGUGCUGCUGAUCCACAUCCCACGGAUUUAUUUGGCAGCCUCGGGGCGGGGCAGCGGCCGGGGGAUGCCCCAGGGCCAGGACAUUUAAUGGACAUUUAAUGGACAUUUAAAACCCCCAGAGGGACUCCCGAGGAGGGGCUGGGGGGUCCCGGGGGCUCCUCGCUGCCGUCCUCCCCUCUCCAACAGGCUCAUCUCAUCACGGGGGUGAAAGCAAAGGGUUUUGGGGGGGAUUUUUGUUUUCUUUGCACUGUUUUUUUGGCUGCACAAGGUAACGGAGGGGGCGGGUGAUAUACCUCAAACAAGCUGCAGAUGUAGCAGGGUGCUGGCGAGGGCUCAAAGGUGCUGCCCGUGGGCUCUGGGCUUUGGGAGGUGCUGGGGGUGCCCAGGCCACGGCUCUGCCCUCUCCUGAGCGCUGAGAAACUGGAUGUGGCCAAAAGGAAACGCUGUGAUGCCGACAUCUCUCAUUGUAACGUGGAAAACAAACAAAAAAAAAAAAAAAAAGCAAAAAAAAGGUGCCAUUGGUGAGGCACCGAGUGUUUAUUUAUUAUUAUUGCCUUUGUCCAGGCUGGUGCGGAGGGCAGCAGCACGGGGUGUGUCUGGCUCCACAGAGCCUCCAGGGGUGUUUUUGGGGAGCUGUCCUUGUGUCACACGGCUCCCUUGCACUAUUGCCGCGUGUGCUCGCUGCCAGGGGGGUGUUGUGUUCUCCCUCCUUCCCACAGCACGGGCUGGAGAAAAACAUUAAAUUAAAAGCGAACGGUAAA